GGUCCAAGGUAGAGCAUGUGAUUGUGCUGGGGUGGCCGAAUUACUGUUUCUUUUGUGGGAUUUAUGAAGUCUGGAGUCUGCUCACGUGCGGAGAGUUUCCUUUAGUUUGUGAGAGGCUUCAAGUUGUGCUUCAGGCACCAACUCCUCCGUGUUUACAUUGAAAACUACUGAUGUGGAUUCAGUGAGAUGCCCUGACAACUUGGAGUCUUUAUAAAAGAGAAGAAGCGGCUUUGAUUGACUGCUGCAGCACCCUCACUGAUGGAGGAGUAAGAUUUGGAGAAGAGUAAAAUUGAAGGCUUUUGAGAGGAGAAUGUGGCUGGGCUUGCCAAGCUCUGUGUGGGCCAGGAUUGGAAAUGUGUCAACCUUGCUAGUGCAGGACUGCUUUGGUUUUAAAGUGCGUGCUUUAGCUAAUUGAAUCCCAGUAACUGCCUUCUGUGGAGUUCUUUGAUGAUCAUUUCUGGGAUACUGCAUUCUUUCCUAGGCAGUAGUUAAUGAUGUUGAUUUAAGAAGUACUUCCAUGAGGGCCAAGGAAUCAUCAUCCAGUCUACAUAUUUUGGGACAAAUUGAAAUAGAAUGAAUAUCUGUAACAUCUGAGAUUUUGAUGACCUGAUUUUGCAUCAGAAGACAACUGGACAGUUCUUCUGAAACUUCAACAUUUCAGUGAGUCAAGUUUGAUCGCUGUUUGGUCUAUUUUGUCUGGAAUUACCACUGAAGAGCUGAUGCAUUUGAAGGAAUUGUAGGAAAAGGUUUCAACGAGGAAAUUGAAGGGCUGUCCAGGAGACAAGAUGAGUGUAGCCAACUCAUUUCUUUUGGAUAGAUACUUGGAGGAGCUGAAACACAACAUGGGCAACAGCAGCAAAGCCUCCACUGAUGAAGUCCUGCUUCUGCGAGAGCAGCUAAGAACCCUAAGCUUGGAGAUGAUGACACUGAAGCAUGCCCUCAAUGCCAAGACAACAACAGGCCUUCCACUCCCAACAACAAAUUGUAAUGGGUUCACCCACAUAGUGCCAUCUCCAAUGCAAGAUCCCAGCUACUUUGACGCAUACAGGGACCAGCGUUAUUCGUCUUCGACUCAUAGUCCAAGCUGUUACAGUGGCUGUUCGUGCUCCCCACCUUCCUCUGGAAAGGGAGUAGCCCUGACCCUUGACCCAUACAAUGAUCUGCAUGAUCUUACUCAGAUGUCCGGACCAUUGACAGAGGAGGCAGUGUUGAGAGCACUGAGGCAUCGUUGGCAUAACGGAGAAUGUCAUACAAGGGUCGGUUCUGUUCUUGUCAGCAUCAAUCCCUACCGUGGGGUUCCAUUGGAGCAUGUCCUGCAGCACAGUCGAACAAACCAAUCACAUCACAUCCAAAGAAUAGCAUCACACAUCUUGAAGCAGCUGAUAGACACCGGCAUAUCACAAACAGUAAUACUUGGUGGUGAAAGCGGCAGUGGUAAGACUCACAUGUCACAAUCUCUUCUGAGACAACUCUACACAAUUGCUGGAGGAGGCACAGAGACAAAGUCCUUCAAGCAUCUUGCGGCAUCUUUUACAGUUCUGAGGUCAUUAGGAUGUGCCAAGACUGCCAGUAACUCAGAUUCAAGUAGAAUAGGUUACUUCAUUGAGGUGCUGCUUUUAGACUGUGCUAUUUAUAGAACCAAACUCCACUGCUAUUGGCUGGACCAUUCUAGGGUGGUUAGGCCAAGAUGGGGAGAGAGAAACUAUCACAUAUUCUAUCAGAUGCUGGCCGGUCUGAGUCAAGAUGAGAGAGUCAAGCUGCACCUCAACAGCUGCUCUGCACACGCCUUUGCCUACCUGAACAAGUCAAAAGCUGACAACACUGAGAGAGACAGAAUACGAUUUGAAAGUUGGAGGAGUUGCCUUGCAGUUCUUGGUAUUCCUUUCUUUGAUGUGAUGAGAAUUCUAGCUGCUGUUUUGCUUCUUGGCAAUGUGCAGUUUGUUGAAGAUGGUGGCUACGAACUCGACAUCAAGGGAAAUAAUGAAAUUAAGUCAGUGGCAGCGUUGCUUGGCGUAUCAGGUGUUUCGCUUUAUCGAGGACUGACAACAAGAACACAUAGUCUCAAGGGUCAGGUCUUCAAAACGCUCUGUGAUGCACAAAUGGCCAACCAAACACGAGAUGUACUUGCCAAAACACUGUAUUGCCGGAUGGUGCUAACAAUUGUGAAACGACUCAACAGUCUCAAGAGACCCAGCAUCAGUCAUUCGUCUGGAAGUAGUGAUGAUACACGCAUUAAUGACUUGUGCAUCAAGCCUCUUCGUCAGUCAUCCCCUGCUCCUUCGAAAUCCUCCACCAAUCAUUCCUCCAGCUCCCACAGCUCGGUAGGAGAAGGAUUUAUUGGAAUUGUCGACAUGUUUGGCUUUGAAACAACCCAGUGCAAUAGAUUAGAACAACUGUGCAUGAACCACUGCAGCGAGACACUGCAGCAGUAUUACAAUCAGUGCAUCUUCAGCAAAAUGCAAGCUACUUGCAGAGAGGAGGACAUACAGUAUGACAUACAGGUGGAAUACAAGGACAACACACCAUGCUUAGAGCUGCUAACAAUGAAGGACACAGGGAUUUUAAGCCUACUUGAGAAGCAGACAUUCAAACCAACAUCAGACAACCACACACUGGUACAAAGCAUUAACAGAACACAACAAAGCAAUAGUGUCUUUCAAGCAGAGCCUGACAACGAGGACAUGUUUACAAUCAAACAUUUUGCCGGUGAUGUCACGUACACUGCUAACGACUUCUUAGAAGCAAACCAUGAUGUCAUUAAUGAUGAUGUGAUCAGCAUCUUUCAGAAACACACUUGUAACUUUGGCUUUGCUGGCUACCUGUUUGCUCCGGAGCUGAAGGCAUUACAAGGCACAUCACCAAAAGGUUUCAUGUUCCGAAUCUCCCCAAGUCCACCUCCCUCUGAAAAUUCAGGGAAAAGUGAGGAACUGGCUUCAAGCUUAUCUCAAGAUUUUCACGUCCGACUUGAGAGUCUGAUGAAGACCCUCCACCAAGCAAAUCCUCACUUUGUUAGAUGUAUUAGGUCCAAUGAGAGAGAGGAAGCCAACUGCUUUGACAGUGAGGCAGUCAGGAGACAAGUCCGACAUCUGCAGCUGCCGGAGACGGUACAACUCAUGGCAGGAGGUUACCCUCAUCAGAUUAGAUUUCCACUGUUUGUUAGGCAUUACCGUUUUUUAGUGAGGCAUAGAAAACUGAAAGGAUUAAUGGAGAAAGCACAGGAGGACUGCAAAGUAAUUCUAGACUGCUUUCUCCAGGCUAUGGACCAGAGUAAACUACCUUAUAUUAGCACAAGAUGGGCGCUUGGAACUAGACAUGUCUUUCUGAGUGAGGAGGCUUGGCAAUGCCUUGAGUAUCUCCGUGACAGCAGACAGCUUAAGGCAGCAACCUUAAUCCAAUCAUUGGUCCGACGAUGGCUCUGCAUGAAACAUUGGCCAACGCUGAAGUCGGUGCUGCAGGCCAAGCUGAUAAACAGCAAAUGCAUUGAGUACUUGGACACCGAGCCCAUCUAUGAAGGAAUUCAGUCCCCACCAUCAUCUGUUGGGAAAACGUCCGAACCUGACAGAUGUGAAGCUGGUAUAGUGGAGCAGACAUGUAAUGCUUAUGGCCUGGAUGUGAACCACCCUCCGCCUAUCCCAAAGAGUCGACCAUACACCGUGUCUGGAGGAAUCAAAGUGGACUUCCCACAGACACGAAUCAUGAAAUGUAACUUCCCAGAUACAUGUUCAGAGCCAUUGCUUGUGGCCGGGGAACCAGUUCUAGUCACUGGAGUCUCAGCGACCAAGGGUUUGUUGGUAGUGGAACACAAUAGCUGUACCCUGCAUGUUCCAUAUCAAUUCACACAAGUCAAGACAAAUGGUCUGACAGUCGGCACCAAGAUAUGAUGAAACCCUUCCAGUAUCGCUGACCUUUUAUUACUGUUGCUGGACCAACUAAAAACAGGGUCUGACCGGGAGUGGAAGUGCUGGACAACACCGAUACUUACAGCUUUAUGUCCUAAUUGUGAUUAAAUGCAAAAAAAGGGUCAUGGACCCAAGUCAUGUUGUAAAAUUGAGGUUGAUUAUUCCCUUACAAAUGUUUCCAAAUAAACAUUCAACACAAAUCACACAAAUGUUCAAGAUUGGUCAAGUAUUCCUCCAGUCCAAAGCAGAAUGUAUGCAGGGGAAAGAGCAGUGUCCACUCUCAUUGUUAAAUCCUGAAAUCAGACUUGGGAGGGUUCAACUGAUCGUUAGCCAUGACUUCUAAACAACUCUUGUACAUUAUACUACAAAAUGCCAAAGUCAUGUUAUGUAACAACCCCCAGUACAAUGGAUACAUCAGAAUGUUUCAGUUUAUGUGCUGUAGUAAUCUCAGAACAAGAGCUUGGUGAAGGCUCUGCAAGGAUUUGUAAGCAGUGUAAUGCAUUUUUGACCAUUGAUCAAUUUUGAUCCAAACUAAACUGUUGUAUUAUUGCAACCAAUGAGCUUGCCACCAACAACCAGUGCCAUGUUUUGGCUGAGACAAUAAUUUCUUUUACCAAUCUGGUAAAAGACAGGUAUUCCGUUUUAGUACUGCAUUUCUUGUAAAAAUACUUGAAGCUAUCAAACCAAAUGAAUGUAAUUUAAUGUGGGUGAAAUGACUUCAAAUCCAACAGUGCAUGCUUUCAACUUAAUUUUUUUUUAGCUCUGUUCAUAAGGUAAACUUGCCAGUAUGGUUUUUAUUAUUUUUGUGACCUACUUUUAAAUCGAUCAGAAAAUUCAGAAUGACUUUUACAUUUUUUUUUGCUGAAAGUCGGGAUGUAGUGUAAAACAUUGCAUCUCAGAAAGAUAUUUCACUGAGGAAGAGGGAAAAAAUAUCAACUAGGAGCAAAAGAGGAUUGACAGAGGUGGAUGUGACCCAAGCUAUCCUUGUUUGUAGGACACCUAUUAUUGUAACAUUAGAGAACUGGACCUUCUUGAACUGUCAAACUGGUAAAAUGUUUACUUGUCACCAUUAUCCUCCAUAAAAUGAUUUUAAAAAAUUGUGCCAGUGUAAGAAAGAAGGAACAUAGACUCCUGAGGCUUGAAGGUUAAUUUUGGAGUGAUCUUAAGCUAUUAGGAGUUUAAAAUUUGACCUAAACAUACAAUUUGACGUGUCCCAAUUACAAGGAUUUCCAUUAUCUUGCUUAAACACAUGGCCCUGUACAUACUGAUAUGUGUGGACAAGGGCAAUGGUUAUUGAUUUGUAGAGAGUUGAAAUAAUGCCCCCAGCUUAGCAUUUUAGCAUGCAUGUCAAGUGGGCAUAUGGUAUGCAUGUUAUUGUACAUUCAUUUUAGUAGUAAGUUACCCACAGUGCUUAGCACUUCCUUUAUUUUGUGACUGUCAGAAGUGCCGUUGGGUAAGGUAGUGGUUACAACUUACGAGCAAGUUUAUGUUUGAUGACUCAAAAUUUCAUGAGUAUUAAUUGGUUCUGUGCCUUCGUGGUAACUGUUAUUUGAAUCUUACUUUGAUCAAGUUUAUGCAAAUAAUAGUUUUGGUGAAAUUGUUCAGGAAACAUGCUGCAGAAAUACAGGCAAGGUUUCAAGUGGGAAAUAAAAUCAUGACACCUUAAAACUGGUUUUCCAGAUUGUUAUACUCCCACAGUACAUCUAAAUCUCAUGACAACAGUAAAGUUACUGGUGAGUGCAAUUAGACAGAGCACCUGCUUCUGAUCAACAAUGGCAGCAUCUCAAACAGGCCUGGAAGAUGAGCCUGGAAGAUGAGCCUGGAAGAUGAGCCUGGAAGAUGAGCCUGGAAGAUGAGCCUGGAAGAUGAGCCUGGAAGAUGAGCCUGGA